GACCACAGAUCCUGGAUCAGCUGGCAGCAGCCUGCCGACUUCAGACGUCAGUGCGUUGUGUGGACUCAGGAGAGUUGACAGCGGUUUAAUGAACGAGCACACAGCCUGACUGACGUCAACGAGGAAAAGUCUAGAAAUGGACGCAAUGAGUGGAAGACGACGAAGCUAAUUGGAUAAUAAAGCAUAUUGUCCAGAACGUAUGAACCUACGGUGCCAUUUUCUACCUUUUUGCUGACAUUUCUACGUCGUGGACAUCAUUUUACAUGAUGAAGUUCAAGCCCAACCAGACCAGGACGUAUGACGGCGAAGGCUUCAAAAGACGAGCGGCGUGUUUGUGUUUUAAAAAUGAGACCGAAGAUGAAGUGCUACUGGUGAGCAGCAGCCGACAUCCAGACCAAUGGAUUGUUCCUGGGGGAGGAAUGGAGCCUGAGGAGGAGCCCUGUGGGGCGGCUGUUAGAGAGGUGUAUGAGGAGGCUGGGGUGAAGGGAAAGCUUGGCAGACUACUUGGAAUUUUCGAGCACAACCAAGACAGCAAGCACAGGACUUAUGUUUACGUCCUCAUUGUGACAGAGAUACUGGAAGACUGGGAGGAUGCUGUCAACAUAGGAAGGAAACGUAAGUGGUUCAAGGUUGACGAAGCCAUCCGGGUGCUGCAGAGCCACAGGCCUGUCCAUGCAGAAUACCUGCACAGAUUCAAGAACACCCGUAAUCCCACCUGCGGUCCGGUGUGUCACCCAAGUAACGGCAACACCCUGGGCUCCCAAGUGAUGGACAACAACACCUCUCACUACGCUGUCCGCGCCAAACAAGCCUCAGAUCUCGUCAACCGAUAGAGAACUCUUGCUGUACUCCGAGAUGGACUUACCUUAAACACACUGGUACUUAUGUUACUUGUACAGACUCUUGACAUUUAAGCUAUGGAGUUCAAACUCCCCUGACAUUGAUUGGAAACUCAUUUGGCUUGGAGAGUGCUGAAUGUUUUCCGGUAGUAUUGUUUAUUUUUGUACUAACCAUCACCAGCUGCUCAAGCAAAAGAAUCGCUUUAAAAUCUUUCUGGUUCAUUUUUAGAGGGCCGCUCCUCAAACUUGAAGGUUAUUUCUAAUUAUUUCACGAUGAGUAAUAUUUGAUUGUUGGUGCAGCCAUAGCAAGGCGAGUGCUGACUCUUGGAGGAGUCCUAUCCCCAAAGUGGAAUAAUGACAAAGCUAAAUCUUUACCAUAUGCAAGAUGUUUUGAAAGAUUAUCUCAUGUGCAUGGAUGAAUACUGACUUAUUUAUACGUAGGGUGCAAAGGUACCUCAUAGUUAUACUUCGGUACGCUCCUCAUGUUAAGGAAAUGGUUUGAUUCAUUUUCGGGACAGUAGAACGAAUUGCAAAACCUAAAACUAGUAAGCUUUUGUCUUUUAUUGCCACAGUAAGUCAACCGCAUUAAAGAUUUGGCUUAGUUUUUACACUAAAUGCCCUUCCUGACACAACGCUCCAGUUAGUCUCGGCUUACUACUUAGAUUUCCUGUAAACAUAUUAAAUUAUUUUUUUAAUGAAACUUAAAAUAUUCUGAGAGGAAAUUUUACAAUAAAUAAAAAAUAAAAAACAUUUUAAAGUAUAAAAAUAUGUAAUAACUGUGCUAUAUUUUUAGGACAUUAAAGUUCAUUAUGCCCCUGAAAUGCAGUAAUAAUAGUUCCAUCUUGUAACCCUGUCACUCAUUUCUACUGAACACACUGCUUUCAUCUUCCAAAUGUCUUUGCCUGUUUACAUAUUUCGCCAAGAAGGCCAAAUGUUGACAAACAGGAGAGUUAAUUUCCUUGGCACUAUCCCUCAUCAUGACUAUUUUGCUACACUGAAUUACAAAACCCAAAACCAGUGAAGUUGGUACGUUGUGUAAAUCGUAAAUAAAAACAGAAUACGAUGAUUUGCAAAUCCUUUUCAACCUAUGUUCAAUUGAAUAAACUGCAAAGAUAAGAUGCUUACCGUUAGAUCUGGUAAACGUCGUUAUUUAUUGCAAAUAUUAGCUCAUUUGGAAUGUGUUGCCUGCAACAUGUUUUUAAAAAGCUGGCACAAGUGGCAAAAAUAACAGAGAAAGUUGAGGAAUGCUUAUCAAACACUUAUUUGGAACAUCCCACAGGUGAACAGGCUAAUUGGGAACAGGUGGGCACCAUGACUGGUUUUAAAAACAGCUUCUAUGAAAUUCUACGUCAUUCACAAACAAGGAUGGGCGAGGGUCAACCUUUGUGAACAAAUAGAUGAGCAAAUUGUCCAACAGUUUAAGAACAACAUUUCUCAACGAGCUAUUGCAAGGAAUUUGUCAAAGUUGGUUUGUGACGAACCCCAAGAUGCAGAGAUAGAGGCAGGCAUGGAGUGAGAAAACAUGAUUUAAUUUAAAUACUAAGACAAAAACAAACAAAGGGUACAAACAAAAAGCGCGCACGUGGGCGGAUAACAAACAAAAAGGCUUAGCGUGGAAGCUAGCAGGUAUCAAGCAGGAAACAGAAGUCGUACAUGUAAUAUGAAAACAAACUUGGAAGCGGGGAACAAAAAACAGUAAGCUACAAACAUCUAACGAAAUAUAGCUUACCGCUACGCUGCAAAGAUACGACACGACACGACAAGAAUUGACAUCGACAAUAAUCCAGCACUGACUGGAGGAACAAAGCAGGUAGAAUAGGAGCGGGCUGAUUGACCCCAGGUGCCAAUCAGCCGCAGCUGAGGGGAAAACAGCGCACAGGGAAAAAAACAGGAACCAGACAAAAUAAGAGCGCUUACAGGAACUAAGAACAGGAAAUACUAAACACACACAGAGGAAAAACUAAAACAAAAACAAACUGUCAGUGGCAAGCCUGACACAAUUUAGGGAUUUCUCCAUGUACAGUCCAUAAAAUCAUCAAAAGGUCCAGAGAAUCUGGAGAAAUCCCUGCACAUAAGACCGAAAACCAACAUUGAAUGCCCUUGACCUUCGAUUCUUCAGGCAUUACUGCAUCAAAAACCGACAUCAGUGUGUAAAGGAUAUCACCACAUGGGCUCAGGAACACUUGAGAAAACCACUGUCAGUAAUUACUGUUCAUCGCUACAUCUGUAAGUGCAAGUUAAAACAACUAUGCAAAUUGAAAGCCAUUUAUCAACAACACCCAGAAACGCCGCUGGCUUCGAUAGGCCCGAGCUCAUCUAAGACGGACUGACGCAAAGUGGAAAAGUGUUCGGUGGUCUGACAAGUCCACAUUUCAAAUUGUUUUUGGAAACUGUGGACGUCGUUGUCCUCCUGAGCAAAGAGGAAAAGAACCUUCCGGAUUGUUAUAGGCGCAAAGUUCAAAAGCCAGCAUCUGUGAUGGUACUGUAUAGGGGUGUAUUAGUGCCCAAGGCAUGGGUAACUUACACAUCUGUGAAGGCACCAUUAAUGCUGAAAGGUACAGACAGGUUUUGGAGCAACAUAUGUUAUCAUCCAAGCAAUGUUAUCAUGGACCCCCCUGCUUAUUUCAGCAAAAUAAUGCCAUGCCACGUGUUACAACAGCGCGGCUUCAUAGUAAAAGAGUGCGGUAAUAAACUGGCUUCUGUAGUCCAGACCUGUCUCCCAUUGAAAAUGUGUGGCGCAAUAUGAAGCCUAAAAUACCACAACGGAGACCCCGGACUGUUCAACAACUUAAGCUGUACAUCAAGCAAGAAUGGAAAAUAAUUCCACCUGAAAAGCUUCAACAAUUGGUCUCCUCAGUUCCCAAACGUUAACUGAGUGUUGUUAAAAGGAAAGGCCAUGUAACAGAAGUAAAAAUGCCCCUGUGACAACUUUUUUGCAAUGUGUUGCCGCCGUUAAAUUCGAAGUUAAUGAUUAUUUGCAAAAAAAAAGGAAGUUAGUACGAACAUUAAAUAUAUUGUCUUUGCAGUGUAUUAAAUCGAAUAUAAGGAGAAAAUGAUUCGCAAAUCGUUGUAUUAUGUUUUUAUUUACGGUUUACAAAAUGUGACAACUUCACUGGUUUUGGGUUUUUUAAAAUACAAUUGAGAGCCUGAUAACAUGUCUCUAUUUAUCUGUACAAACCACUGAAUCAGUUGCUGGCACCAGCUUUACACAUACAAUCUCCGGAUUAUCAAAACAGAUGAAUAAAUUGAACAGAAAUAUCCAUCCAUCCAUUUUUCUACCGCUUAUUCCCUUUUGGGGUCGCAGGGGGCGCUGGUGCCUAUCUCAGCUACAAUUGGGCGGAAGGUGAUGUACACCCUGGACAAGUCGCCACCUCAUCGCAGGGCCAACACAGAAAGACAGAAAACAUUCACACUCACAUUCACACACUAGGGCCAAUUUAGUGUUGCCAAUCAACCUAUCCCCAGGUGCAUGUCUUUGGAAGUGGGAGGAAGCCGGAGUACCCGGAGGGAACCCACGCGUUCACGGGGAGGACAUGCAAACUCCACACAGAAAGAUUCCGCGCCCGGGAUUGAACCCAGGACUGCAGGACCUUCGUAUUGUGAGGCAGAUGCACUAACCCCUCUUCCACCGUGAAGCCCUGAACAGAAAAUAUUUGAAAACAAUUUCCAAGUUAAAUUCAUUAACUCAAUUUGUAACAUUUAACCUACAAUACUUAUAACAACCACCCACUUAUAGUAGAUGUGACCAUAUUUAGUUUUCAAAACUACAACCACAUUGGAAGUCUAGGUCAGUGUUUUUCAACCACUGGUGUACCGUGAGAUAAUGUUCGGUGUGCCGUGGGAGAUUAUGUAAGGUCACCUAAUUGGUUUAAAAAAUAUUUUUUGCAAACCAGUUAUUAUAAUCCGCAAAUGUGUCGUUGAGUGUCUGUGCUGUCAAGAGCUCGGCAGAGUAACCGUGUAAUACCCUUCCAUAUCAGUAGGUGGCAGCAGAUAGCUAUUUGCUUUGUAGAUGUCAGGAACGACGACGAUGGUUUGCAGGGAAAAAGGUAUCUAACGCUUAAACAAAAAAUAAACAAAAGACUAGUGCUGCUAAGAAAAGGCAUUGAAGCUUAGGGAUGGCUAUGCAAAAUGACAUUAAAAUUGAACUGGCUGCAAAGAAAACAAAAACGGAUUGCUGGACAACAGCAAAGACUUACCAUGUGUGGAACAGACGGCGUCCUCUAAGUACUUCCGUACAUGCCAUGAGAAUCAACACCAAAAUAGGAGCGCAACACAAGAACUAAAACACUACACACAGGAAAACACCAAACAACUCAAAAUAAGUCCUGGCAUGAUGUGACAGGUGGUGACAUUACACCUACUUUGAGACAAGAGCUAUAGUAAUGCAUGGUUGGUUAUGGUUUAAAUUAAUAUCCAACAAUUGUGAGAACAACUUUUUACUGUCGAUAACGGCUGCUGAGUUUCAUUUUUUUAUGUUUUCUGCUGGUGGUGUGCCUCUGGAUUUUUUUCAAAUGAAAAAAAUUUGCCUCGGCUCAGAAAAGGUUGAAAAACACUGGUAUAGAGCAGUGGUUCUCAACCUUUUUUCAGUGAUGUACCCCCUGUGAAAAUUUUUUUAAUUCAAGUACCCCCUAAUCAGAGCAAAGCAUUUUUGGUUGAAAAAAGAUAAAGAAGUAAAAUACAGCACUAUGUCAUCAGUUUCGGAUUUAUUAAAUUGUAUAACAGUGCAAAAUAUUGCUAAUUUGUAGUGGUCUUUCUUGAACUAUUUGGAAAAAAAAGAUAUAAAAAUAACUAAAAACUUGUUGAAAAAUAAAGAAGUGAUUCAAUUUUAAAGAUUUCUACACAUAGAAGUAAUCAUCAAAUUAAAGUGCCCUCUUUGGGGAUUGUAAUAGAGAUCCAUCUGGAUUCAUGAACUUAAUUUUAAACAUUUCUUCACAAAAAAAGAAAUCUUUAACAUCAAUAUUUAUGGAACAUGUCCACAAAAAAAAUCUAGCUGUCAACACUGAAUAUUGCAUUUUUGUAUUUGCAUUGUUUAUUCAAUAAGUAUAUUUAUGAAGAAUUGUUGAAAUGUGGCUAUUUAUAGACUAUUUAAAAAAAAAUCUCACGUACCCCUUGACGUACCUUCAAGUACCCCCAGGGGUACGCGUACCCCCAUUUGAGAACCAAUGGUCUAGAGAAUUGACAAUCUUGACAAAUCUGAUUCUGAACAAUAUCUGACAGGGCAAAAAGGAUUCCAAUGCGUGAGACAGGAUUUUCAAUGUGCCUUGAAGCAGAGUGUUUGUAAACAUGCAAUGCAUGUACUAAAACACUGAAUUUCUUACAAUUUGAUGGACAGUAUUUAGUGUCAUGAUUAGCAUUUAUUCACACAGUGCAGGGAACUAGACAUCAACUGUUUUACUAACACAUCUCAGACACUUGUUUGAUACGUUUUCCUAUUUAUUGACUCAUAAGCUCUUUGCAAGAUAUCAGGGAAUACAUUUGUGUUUGACUCAAAUAAUCUGCUGUGUAUUUUCAUGCUAUUUUCAAUUAAAAGUGUUGACCACCCA